UGUGUCAUCACGCGCACUCGCCCACCCACCAUACACUCUCUCUCCUCCCAACUCGACGAUCCUAACCAUGACUCACCGGUUCAACUCACCGGUUCCACUCUCGAUCUCCACUGAGUUAGCCACCAUCACCCGCCACCACACUCCGGCGAUAAACGAUAUGGAAGGCUGCAUGACGGCGGUGGAACGAAUACUAAACUACAGAUUCAGGGACAAGACGCUUCUAGAAGAAGCGCUGACUCACUCGUCAUGCACCGAGUCAAAGUCUUACCAAAGACUGGAGUUCGUCGGCGACGCCGUGGUAGGGCUGGCGUUCGCGAACUUCGUGUACUUGGCAUAUCCAAGGGUUGAUCAAGGAAUUCUCUCCCUCCUCCGUGCGGCUAACAUCAGCACUGAGAAACUCGCGCGCGUCGCCGUGCGUCACGGUCUUUACCGUUAUGUCCGUCAUAACGCUCUUGCUCUUGACGCUAAGGUUCGAGAGUUUGCACUCGUUGUGGAAUCAGAGGAUGAACUUGCUGCUAUUUACGGAGGUGCAGUAAAAGCCCCGAAAGUUCUUGCUGACGUAGUUGAAUCUGUUAUAGCAGCUGUUUAUGUAGACUGUGAUUUCGAUUUGAAGUAUCUUUGGAAGAUUAUUAGGGGUCUUCUAGAGCCAAUAGUUACCCUUGAGACAUUGCCACUGCAACCAGUGACAAUGCUCUAUGAGUUAUGCCAGAAGCAAGGAAAACAAGUUGAUAUGAAGCAUUGGAGGAAAGUUGAUACAAACAUUUGUAGCAUUUAUGUGGAUGGAAAGCUUGUUGCUACUGGAACUUCUGAUCAGAAAGAUAUUGCUAAGCUUAAUGCGGCGAAAGAGGCAUUGGAGAAGCUCAGCCAAUCUGGUAUUAACAAUAGAACCAGUAUUAUUUAUGAAGUGAAUGACAAGAAUGAGAUUGAAUCUGCUAAGCAGAAGUUACACGAGCUAUGUGGCAAAAAGAAAUGGCCUAAAGCAACUUACAGGAUUGAGAGAGAAUCUGGGAUGGCUCACGAGAGGAAAUUCAUAUGCUCUGUUGAGAUUGAAACAGCAGAUGCGAAGCUGUUUAUGUCGGGAGAUGAGAAGUCAAAAGUGAAAGAGGCUGAAAAUUCAGCUGCCUCCAUGAUGAUCCAUAGCCUUGUUGAGUCCAACUAUAUCUGAGGGAGUUCACCGUGCUUGUUGAUAAUGUAAUGCCAGUAGUGCGGCCUAUUCAUCUGUUGCAGUUAAGUGGAGGAAAUGGAGGAAAGUUCCUGCUUUUCAUGUCUGUACAUUAAUGUGUACUGGAGUUACAGGCAUGAGAAGCAGGAACUGCCACAUUUCCUUUUCUUAACUGCAACAGAGUAAUGGGCCUCUCAUUUAUCAACAAAAUCUCUGAUUAAAAUCGUAAAUUUGGUGACUCCAUUAUUUCUGCCAAAAAUAACCGGCAUCUCUUUUUUUCAAAUCCAUGGAUUCAAGUUCAUGGUUUGUUUGAAGAAUGAAGAGUUUUAAGUCAUUCCUUAUUUCUUGUACACCAGUAAGUUGUUUGCCUACUUUCUUAGGGAGCUUUGUACUUUAGUUUAUUUUAUCUUGAUUUCUCCUA